GAAAUCAGGUUAAGUUCACUGCUGUCGGCACAAUGUUGUUUGGAAUGGUGUUUUCUUUGGUUACGUUAGCCUCUCAUACGUACAGUGCUGGAUUAAGGGAAGAGUUUUCUUGGACCAGAAUCGGUUACGCGUGGAAUAUUAAUCCGUUGAGUCUGACGGAACGAAGUUCCUAUUCCCGGGGCGAUAGAUCAAGAUCAAUCAAACAAUCUCGCGGAAAUAGCGUAAAUGGUGCGGAUUCUAUAGUGUUCGAUGGAUCUACGAACGCAGAUUCCGGCGCUGGAAGUCCAAGUUCAAUAGAUUAUCAAUACGUGAACAAUAUUCCAAUGGGUGCAAAUGUCUGGCAAAACAAACUCUUCGUAACUGUGCCCCGUCGAAGACUUGGCGUACCUUCUACGCUAAAUUAUGUAUUUUUGGAUGGUAGAAUCAAGCACAACGCCCCUUUAAUUCCCUAUCCAAACUGGAAGACGAAUCUGUAUCCAGACCGGACUGGGGUCGGAGAAAACAUCGUGUCAGUCUACAGAGUCGCUAUAGACGUCUGCGACAGAAUGUGGUUCGUCGAUACGGGAAUCGUGGAAACCUUAGGAAACCGUACAGUGGUCAAACCACACGAGCUGAUCCUUAUCAAUCUCCAAACGGAUGAUAUCAUUCACAGAUACAGCCUUCCAGCUUCGGUUAUUACUCCUGCGACUGUAUUAGCCAGUGUGACGGUUGAUACGACCAAGGAAGAUUGUACCAAUGCAUAUGCCUACUUUCCAGACCUGGCUGGUUACGGCCUGGUCGUUUACAGCCUCAGCGAAAAUAAGGCAUGGAGAGUUAACCACAAUUACUUUUACGUCGAACCAACGGCGGGCGAGUUCCGUAUCGCUGGUCACCAGUUUCAGUGGAACGAUGGCGUGUUCAGUGUCGAAUUGACUGACGUAAAACCGGAUGGUUACAGGGAUAUGUAUUUCCACGCGAUGGCGGGUACGCACAUGUACAGGGCAUCCACGAAGAUUCUCAGAAACGAAACAUUAGCUACGCGUUCUUAUCAUGGAAGCGACUUUGAGACUAUCGGAGACCGUGGACCUUUGUCGCAAACUGCUACCGCCGACAUCCACAAGAAAUCGGGCGUAAUGUUUUUAGGACUAGUAAACCAGAACGCCGUGGGAUGCUGGAACGUAAACAAUAAUCUGAAAUCGAUUUCCAUAGUGCAAAAGGACGACGACAAAAUGAUUUAUCCAUCAGACGUUAAAGUCAGCAGUGACCGCGUUUACAUACUGACCAACACCAUGCCGGCAUUCUUGUACGGGAGGUUAGAUUACGACAAAAUCAAUUUCAGGGUGUGGAGCAAUGACGUCUUUAGUGCAAUUCGAGGUACGAAGUGUCAAGGAGGAGGAGGCAAUAAUUAUGGGCAACAUUUAAUGUAGACCAAUAAAAUUUGUUUGA